AUGACUGAAAUCUCAAAAAAGCCUCAAUCUGUUCUUGAUGGGGACUGUCCUGAAAAGGAUAUACAAGUCGGCACGGUCACCGAUCUUGACGAGGGAGAGUUGUUUCUCCAUCAGCAUGGAUUCUCACAAGAGAACCUUCAGGAAAUGCUUGAGGAUGAACCGCGGAAUAAAGCCUUAGUCCGCAGAGUUGAUCUCAUUCUUUUACCACUUCUUGCUGGUACCUAUACACUACAGUACAUCGACAAGUCAGCCUUAGCCUACUCAGCAGUAUUCGACCUUUUGACAUCGACAAAUAUGUCCAGUAAUGAGUACAGCUGGUUAGCUAGUAUUUUUUACUUCGCCUACCUAGUUGCUGAGUACCCCUGGAAUCUUCUCGCCCAGAGAACCAGGCUGGGAAAAGUUGUGUCGGGAAAUAUCGUGGCAUGGGGCUCGAUGCUUAUGAUCACCGCUGCUUGUUCCUCUUUCACUGGCAUGGCAAUCUGCCGCUUUCUUCUCGGUAUUUUCGAGGCACCUAUCACGCCGUGUUUUAUGAUGAUUGUCGGUAUGUGGUAUACGCGGGCCCAACAGCCAUUCCGUGCUGGCGUCUUUUAUAGUUGCAACGGAGUUGGCGCCAUGAUUGAGCCAUAUACCUCAUCCUCGGUGGAAUCACGAUUUGCUGGGGGGGUCCUGAUGCUAUUCUUUCUUCCGGACGACAUCAUAUCGGCCAAGCGGUUCAAAUUGGACGAGAAGGCUCUCUUGAUUGCUCGCAGUCGACUUGGCCGAACAGGCGUGAUCAACCACCAUAUCAAAUGGUAUCAAAUCCGAGAAGCGCUUGUGGAUCCUCAAGUUUGGAUAUUGUUCUUCUUCACUUUAUUGAAUGAAACGAUCAACGGUGGAUACGCGAAUUUCGGAAAGCUCAUCAUCAAAGGUUUAACUAAAGACCCGCUGACUACGGUUGCACUUGGAAUUCCCCAGGGUGCCUUUCAAGUGUUUUGGAUUUUGACAGGAACCUUCCUUGCAUCUCGUGUUCGCAAUCUGCGUACCAUCGUCAUGGCCAUCUACCUACUUCCAACCAUUAUAGGUGUCUGUCUGAUGUGGAAGCUAGAUCAUGACAGCCACAAGAUUGGAAUUUUAUUCAGUUAUUACAUCAUUGGGGCUUAUGUUUGCUCCUUAGUGUUGGCGCUGCAGAUGCCUGCUACAAACCUGGGAGGCUAUACAAAGCGCAGUACUGGCGUUGCCCUGGUCUUUCUGGCAUACUGUGCUGGAAACAUUAUUGGCCCCCCAUGCAUUCCUCGCCAAAGAGGCUCCUCUGUAUCAAACUGGCUGCAAGGUGAUUUUGGCUUAGAUGCCGCAUCUGAAAACGAGGGAGCUGCAGGCGUGGCGGUCGAUGAGCUGGCUGAUCUGACCGAUUUCGAGAACCCGAACUUCCGAUAUGUACUCUGA